AUGGAUCACCACAAUGAGGACGAUGCUCCCCCGCCAUAUUCCGAGAUCGAUCCAUUAAUACUGCAGCAGUCGCAACCUGUCGCCAACAGUGGCAGCAAUGAGAAUGAAAUUCCGACAGACACCCAGCACCCGCAACUCCAGCUUCCUCUUCGUCUUCGCGGCGGGGAUGCUCCGUUGCCGACUCCGACUCCUACGACUGCUACUCCUGCUGCUACGGCUACGGCCACGGCGUCGACAUCGACAGACAAUCCACAAACAGAGACUCUCCCCCCAGAACCUGUUCCCUUUGCCUCCGCAGCAGCCUAUUUCGCAGAGCGGCCCCCACCGCCGGUCUCGCCUCUAGAGCGAGAUACCUUGGUCCACCACAUGACCAUCUACGCGCGCAGCCAAGGGAAGGACUUCCCCCGACGACCCCGUUGCUGGAACUCGCGAGCGGAUGAAAUCACCCAGCACGACUGGGACACGUUCCUGAAUUUCCUGUUCCCUCCGCAUCUGGCUCCCGCUGCGUCGUCCAACCGUCUGCCGCAUCGACUGCGGGCGGAGAUCGAGCGCGAUCGCAAGGACCGUCCGCAGGAGACGGACGAGGAACGCGAGGUCCGGAUUGCCGCCGUGCUGACCGAGUGGAACGAGGGCUUCUUCGGCCCUCGCGCGACCUGGGUCUCCUGGGUCUACGUUGCGGAUCUGGAAACAGGCCCGCCAUCGCCGCUGUGUCCUGAAUGCUACCCUGUUGCGACGCAGGCGUCCCAAAACCGCAACAGACAACAUACCCGUUCACGGUCUGUGGAGGCUCCGAUGCCAGUCCAGACCGAGCAGUCGUCUUCAUCGGCCACCCCACCACGCCAACCCGUUGCUCCUCAGGCCGAUGACGGCCUGAUUCCUGUCGAAUCCGAAGCCCCUCCUCGUCCGUUCAGGCCGUUUGCUCCCUGGGAUUUAUAUUCCAACGAGCCGGUUCCUCCGUCACCUGUUGAGGACCCUCACAUCCACCGACAUUCUACCUCUUCCUCCUGGGAGUCCGGACCGAUCGGCUGGGCGGCCCAAUUCAGCGCUCGGGCUCAGAAGUAUGCCGAGAAGUACGCCGAGAGGCUCACUGGACAAGCGCUGCUGUACGGGAAAUGGGUCGAACAGACUGCCCUGAUGCGCUCACGACAGAUCGAGGAAGCGGCCUUGAUGCGUGGGCGACAGAUUGAGGAGGCCGCUUUGAUGCGUGGACGACAGAUCGAGGAGGUUGGAGAUCGAAUAAGCAACUGGGCCUCCGGGCUCGGUCGCCGCGGACGGCCAGGACGGCCGCCAGCUCAGAACCCUGCCAGUAAUGCUAGUCAUGUCGCUGCCGAACAACGUCCCCGCCGCGCAUCUAUCUCUUCAAGCUCGUCCGACGAGUCUCUCUCGUCGAUCGACUCUCUCUCCUCGGUGUCGGACUUGGAUCCCGCUGAUCUGGCGACUGUGCGCGCGCAGCUCUUGUCGCUGGACACGUACCAUGGCCGCGAGCUGCACGCCGCUGCCGUCGGGCUCCGCAGCCACCUGCGCGUGUUGCAGCAGUCUCGUCGAGAUGCUCGUCUCCGCGCCCACUGUGGCGGGUCCAGCGCGAAACGGGGGAACUGGGGACGGUGGGAAUCACCUGAAGAGGGGCGUCAGCGGGAGCAGCAAAGGCGAGCGAUGAAGGAGGAAACAAAGGCACUGAAAGAGACGUUCAAGAAGGUAGAACGUCGCGCGCGGGAGGAGCACCGAGAGCAGUGUCGAGAGAGACGCGAUAGACGACGAUGCGGCCGGGGCCAUGGUCGCGAGGAGGGACAGGUCAGACAGGAGCAGCAGGUGAGAGCGCAAAGAACUGACUCUGUUGAUGCGGAUAAGGAGGUCUAUGUUGUGCCGGACUCUCAUACCGAAUCUCCAGGCCUGACACGCAGCGCAACAACCACCCCUUCUUCUUCUUCAGCUCCAUCAUUAAACCCACGAGACGCAGCCAAAGCCUGGGCGGACGCGCAGCGCGCCAAGGCGAAAGCGAUCCAGAAACUGGCCAAGGAGCAGCGCAAAGCGGUGGAAAAGUCGCACAAGGAGAUGGAAAAGGAGCUCCGGAAGGCUGCGAAGAAUUGUUCCAAACAGCUGCGUCUGGGGAAUGCGCGAGAAUCCAGUCUGUCGAUCUCAGACGCGGGGCAAGAGAAGGGGAUUAUCACUCGAGGAGCGGAGCCAGAACCGGAGCGGAGGAGCGAGGGGUAG